UUUCCCCUUCAACCGGAAGUAAGUGACUGAUUUGCCUGUUUGAUGCUGAGCAGCUGAAGUAUCGCUUGAACCAAGAGUAAAAGCCCAAUUUCAGGCAUAAUAAUGGUGACGGACGUGCAGCUGGCCAUAUUUGCCAACAUGCUUGGCGUGUCAUUGUUCCUGCUGGUUGUGUUGUACCACUAUGUUGCAGUCAAUAACCCCAAGAAGCUGGAGUAGAGUCCCUCCAGAAUGAUUGGAGAGGCGAGAUGGGAGUCAAUGCUGCCACCAAGGAAACAACAUUCCCUACAUUCAGUCCCAGGAGAUGAAUUGAUUUGUAUGAUUGCACAGUAGUGUUUUUUUCUAAUAAAAAUAUGUGAAUGCCAUUUGCUUUAA